ACGCGGCACGGAAGCAUCCUCAUCCCGUACAUCACAGUCGUGACGUCCUGUGCGGACAGAUAGAUGCACAGAUAGAUGCCCUCACUGUACGAAUCGUAGCUCUACGGUCUUAAUAUUUUUGCUGUAUGUGAAAGAUCGUGUUGGAGGUCGGCAGAGAAGCAGCAGCAGCAUGCAGCGGAGCGCGGUGGUCGUGGUGGCGGACAAAACGAGCCUGAAAAGGCCGUUUAUUUUCGCAAAUGCUGUUCAUAUGGCGCUGUGUUUCUUCAUGCUGACCAUGACAGUAGCCUGGCACAGAGACCUCAUCCAAACGGGCAAACUGGUGUCCAGUGCGUCUGUGGUGAUCAUGUACGUCAUGGAGAUCGGCUGCCUGCUGCUCUCAGUGCUCGGUGUGUUUGGAGCCUGUAAAGGAAAAAGAUGGUGUCUCAUACUGUAUGCAGCAGGGAUGGCAGCAGCAAGCCAAACAAUAAUUGUUAGAACAGCACUCAGUUACCAAGACGUUUACGAGAAACGUGUGGCCCGUGAGGAGGCAAAGCUGCUCUCCAUGAUGCCACUGAGUGGAACCAGCAAAGCCAACAGGACGCUGCUGUAUAGCAUUCAAGAAGAAUUUGAGUGCUGUGGUCUCAUUGAAGGCUACAAAGACUGGGGCUCUUCCAUCCCUCCCUCUUGUAACUGUCAAUAUCCGGGGAAAUGCAUCCGACUACGGGGCAGUGCCACUCUCGGGGCUCCAAAGAACCAGUAUGUUUAUCAAGAGCCUUGUCUUCCAAUUUAUGUUUCUGAACUGAAGCUCGCAUUCUCAUUGGCGAUGGGUAUACAAUUUGGAAGUGCAGUAUUUUGGGUGGUCUUACUCGUCAUGAGCAUCAAGCUGAUGGGCCAGAUUAGACGGAAACAGGAGUUCAUGGCUCUCCUCCAAUCAAACAGAUAUGUUCCUGGUGCCUUCUAGUCACCUCGUACGGUUUUUGAUACACACUUCCAAGUUAUAAGCAAAAAGACCUUAUUUGAAUUUGCACAUAUAAACUAAUUAUGCUGUACACCAUAACCUGGCUAAUUUGUGCUAUAGCAACGUAUGUUAAUAUUAUCAUUUUAUAAUACAUUAUUGCAUGUAACGGAUAUUGAAAAUUAAUCUACAUGCAUAGAUCCAAUUAAAAAAAAGUCUUUUUUUGCCUUACUGCUGUAAAAAGCAAUGCAAUUUGAAAGAAAUGUAAUAUUUAAUAUUCAUUACAUUUUCACAUGCUUUUGUCGAAAAUGCAUAUAAUCCUAAGAGAGCAUUUAGAAAGAUGUUUGUUUUCUUUGCUGGAACCUUUCCUGUAUUUUAUCAUUGGCAGUAAGUGUUGACUUAUCGAGCUGAUAUUUUCCUCAAUGAACCUUGAAGUGACAGAUACUAAUAUAAUGCAUCUGCUGGCAUAAAACUUUGAAAUAUGCAUACAUCUACAUCUACCUUUUUUUGCUCUUGUGCAGGGCUGCAGCUACAUGUUUCCUUUAAUGUUUUAUGGUCAGUGUCUCCAUGAUUCACAAAAGUCUAUAUUUGAUGCACACCACUAAGACUAACAAAUAUAAGUGGACCAACCUAUUUUACACAUAUAUAUAUAUAUAUAUUUAGAUGCUUGUCGUAAUCUAAAGCUCACUCGUUCAUUUUUCCAGCAUUAGAGCAACUAAUAAUCUUUGAUAUAUAAUCCAACUAAUAACCCGUAUGUAGCACCUUUCUUAAACAGUGUUUACAAAGUGUUUGAUUGAAAUGUAAUAAUUGAUUUUAUAAUUGAGCGAUGUAUUUUCUUGGGUACAUAAUCAGGUCAGACAGAGGAGUGAGCCAUGGCUCUCAUUGGGACACCAGAAUGUCUUGAUGCCUUGUUAAGCACAUUUGAACGUUAAUCCUUCUGUUUUAUUCUGUUUUUGAAGCACAGUUAAUGAGUUAAUUAUGUUAAAUGAUGUCCAAUGGGAGGUGAGAAGACUCUGUUUGGUUGCACGUGCAGUAGACAUGCAGUAAAUCCUCAGUUCAUGCUUCCAAAAUGUGGUUUUUAAUUUUAUGGGAUAUGUCGGCCAGGCAGCUGCAGGAAGGUUUGAGAGGCUCUUUAAGGAAAGUAGGUCACCUAUACUGAUGCCAAUCUCUCUGGAGAAGCCUUCUUCACUUCUCACAUGACUUCCUGCAUGGGCUGCCUGCGGUUCUAACAUCUCUUUGAUUAACAUCCUGUCGAAUGAAUUUCAUCUGAAACAGCAGAUCCAAUGUCUACCUGUGCACUUUAACCAUAAAUGCCUAAAAUAUGUUCAAAUAUGUGUUUGCAAAGUUGUUGGUGUUUUGAUUUCUGUCACACUGUUUUUAUUUUUAUUUAUGGGGAUGAAGGUAUAUAAUAUUUUGUAAAUAGCAGGAAUAAAAUAUGUGAUUCUUGUUCCUA